AUGAACCCUCAAAAGUCGAAAACUUCGAUCGAGCUCAUGUUUGGUGGAUAUGUCGCUCUUGCACAGCGGUAAGAAAAACCUUUUACUUUUACAGGAAAAUAUAAAUUCGAGCCAAGAUACGGUUUUUCAAAGCUUCCCUGGUAGUCAGAAUAAGAAGCUGAACCUCGAAGGUUCAAAACAAUGAAAACAGUUACAGAAGCCGAUAAUAUGAAAAUCCCUUAUUAAAAUUUGGUUCAAACGUGUUUCAAGUGAAAUUUUACAACUUUCAACAGUCAUCUCUUUUCCAAAGAAAACUCAAAAGACGAUCUCCCUUGUUACUUCUGAAUCUGAGAAUAACAGAACAAAUGAUGUUCCUCUCAUUUUCUUCUACAACUACACCGUUUUUCGUGAGAGGCCGUGCUUCUUCGCAAGUCAUUUCACGCCAAUGAGCAUCUCAGGUGGCGUUUACCUGAGAGCGGCCCGGAAGAAUCCGGCGGCGACGAAAAUCCAUUCAAGCAUGGCUUCCGGUGCGCCGCCGCUUCUUGGAUUCUCACGCCCGCGUCUCCCGCCACCUUAAUAAUAACCUCUAAGAGCGUCAAUCUUCUGACAGGGGGACCUUCCAGCUUCAUAUCAAUUAGCGUGGUAUACCGUGGGAAUAAUCUGUUUAUCAUCUCGAAAUCCGUUUUGGCUUUCUUCUCAGAGACCUUGAGUUUAUGGCCAUGAGGGGACCUUUUUAAAAGUUUCUGCAAGAAGUUUAGAGAAUAAGCAGUUUGACCAACAUGAAACCGGAAUUUCCUUUAAAUAUGCAAAAAUUUUCCGCCUUCAAACAAAAACUUCAAAUCCUGACCUUCUCAACCAGAAAACUUCUAAAACACGGUCAUCAUGCUGAUGAAAAAAGAACUGUAACAGGAAUCGAGUUGUAUUUGGUUAGAUGUCGAGCAAAAGGUGUUUACCCAGCAGUCCGCAACCAUUAGACGCUACCGUAAUCCACACGCGACUCACCACAGCCGCCCACAUCAAUUACGCAUCUUUGCGUGGAAGGCGACACCGGGCUGCCUUCCAGGGCCGACCUCCUUCAGGUGGUUGUUGUUGCUCAAGGCGGCAACGUGACCCAAUACAAACACAGUCAGUCGCCGCUCAUUAAGGUCGAGCAGAUCGGAAAGUCUUGGGAAGAUACGUUGAUUGAAAUAGAGGAGAAAAGACAUAUUUCGUAG